UUCAGCAGAGUGUACACACUGUCAAUGAAGACCAGAGUGGAUAUUACAAGGAAUAACAGAGGAACAACAUCUCGCUCCAUCUUUACAAAAGAGAAUACCUGCUUUUAGGCUACAUUUCUAAUCAAUCGGAUUAAGCGACAUCAUAUUGCAGCUGAACCAUGCCUGUGUCUAGGAUGAGAAUGAGGCCUUGGUUGGAGGAAAAGAUUGAGUCCAACUCCAUCAGUGGAUUGGUGUGGAUGGACAAGGACAAUAAGAUUUUCUCCAUCCCUUGGAAGCAUGCUGCACGUCACGGAUGGGACUUGAACAAGGACGCGUGUCUGUUCAAGCAAUGGGCCAUGCACACAGGGAAAUUCAUACAAGGCGAGACUAAACCAGACCCUAAGACAUGGAAGGCUAAUUUCCGCUGUGCAAUGAACUCCCUUCCUGACAUAGAGGAAGUGAAAGACAAAAGCAUCAACAGAGGGAGUGGAGCGGUGCGCGUCUACAAAAUGAAGAACGUCUACUCUAAGCCAAGUAACAAGAGGUCAAAAGCGAACAAUGUAAAGAAAAAUAACAAGGGGUCACAGAUCAAGACAGAGGGAAUGGCGUACAGCGAAACCAAUUGCCCCGAGGACCUCAAUACCAACACACACCUGCAGGAGGACAGUAUGACACAGGAAAGCAUAGUAGACAGCACAGACAACCUAGGUGAUUUUGCAUUUGCUCCAGAGUGUUCCAGCAGUGUGGAAAUAGGCCCAGACAGCACCAACAACUUCUACCCAUCUUUCCAAGUGUCACCAGACCACCCCACAGACUAUGAAGACAGUCACCAAGAAACCCUUAUUGAGAUGACACAGCAUUGGGAGCAAGGCAGUGUAAACGACAAGGGGUUCCUGACCAAUGAAGCGGGCACAGCAGAGUCCUUCGACACUGCAGAGUCUUACCACAGUCCAGAGAGCCAAUGGAGUGAUAACUCAGGGGCGGAAAUAGAGCUGCGCCUGUACACAGAACUCAUCUCAGGACUACCGAUCAUUGACGACAUCCUCUCUUACACCGACUACUGUUCACUGAACAGCAACACAUCCAGUUAUCACCAACAGAUCACGUGCCCACUCUGAGCCCCGCUCUCUCAGACCCCCGAACAGAACCAAAAAGACUUCACUCCCGACUUUUUCUUUAUCUCCUGACCUCAAGCUACACCAUCUUUGCCAUUUGACGAAUGCUGCUCUGUGACAGUUGGAGGAUCUCUACAAACCUUAGGUAGCAUUUUUGAAAGGAAGUAUGUCCGGUACUCUCUACUGUGUUUCCACUCUUUGUUAAAUCGGGCUCAUAGCUGUAUUGUACUCAGUUUGAAUAGCUCAUUUACAAGAUCCAUAGUUGAUAUGAGGGCACCUAGUCCGUUGCCAAAACAUCACAUCAACUCUCCGCUUGGAUGAGCAACAUCAGGUUUUUCUGUUUCACUGUGACAAAAUGUUCCGUUAUUUACACACUAUAUGAUAUGCAGCAGUAUAUUUCCGGGCGAUAAUCGUUCAUAACAAACUAUUAUGAGAAAAUGUCUGUUCAUUUGGUGAAAGGUGUUAAAGAUGUCAUUUUGUGUAUAUUUGUAUAUAUAUUUUUAAGUCAUUUUUUUUUGUGUACAAAAUAAAUUAAAUGCCAACCUA